GGAUCGCGUUGUGCUCCAAAAUAAUGGAGAGUGAUUACUCAUAAAGUUUUGUGAUUUCUGAACUGCUGAAUUACAUGGAAUUCUGAUUAUCAAGUUCGUGAAAAGUGAAAUCAGUUACUUAACCCCUGCGAAUUCCUCGUUGAACGAGAGUGAUGGAGGAGCGUCCGAGUCAAUGAACGUUGAACUAUCCUCGGGAAGUCAUUAAUUACCGUCAGGAUGUCCCAAGAGGACCUUUUGCGAGAUGUGGCCAGGGCCAUCGAAGGGUGCAACACAAUCCGAUAUCCGACCUACAGAACUGCUGCUAAGGUCCAGAUAUUGCACAGGGAGCUCCACAUGCAAUAUGUCGAGUUGAAAACAGUAAUAGGUGUCUUCGAGCGUCACCGUCUAUCAGUAACCGAGAACUCUGUGCCCCUGGAUGAAACCGAAAUAGAAGACGUCAUAUCCGAUAUUUACUUUGCCUCCCACAAGGAGUCCGAGGUGGAUUUCGACGUCAAUCAGGCGACAAAAUUGGCUGUUAAUUGUGUGAUAAGGAUAUUCGAUCCUGAUCGUAAAGGAAAAGUGUCAGUAUUCCCAGUAAAAGUGUUCCUAACUCUUUUAUGCUGUGGGAAACUCCAGGAGAAAUACGAGUAUCUGUAUCAGUUGCUGGCCGACCAUAACGCAUGCCUGUCCAAGGCUGCACUGCAUAUGUUAUUAACAAACGUUUGCAAAGUAACGGAAAUGCUGGGGGAGAGCGGGGCCUACGGCAGUCAUCUGGUGCAGUCGAGCAUUGACAGUUGCUUCAUAGAGUCUCAGGGAUGCCUUGGAGUCAGUGAAACUGAGUUUGGAGUCUGGCUAAUGCAGGAGCCUCCUCUCCUCUCCUGGAUAACGACAUUUAAUCGCUUGAAAAUCUCUGAAAAUACCGUCCAUAAUAUUAAGUGUUCAACGUGUAAAAUUACUCCAAUUCAUGGGCCAAGAUUCUCUUGCUUGCGAUGCGCCCGUUAUCACCAAUGCCAGACGUGUUUUUUCCUGGGGAAGGUGUCGAGUAAACAUAAAUUGAAGCAUCCAGUACGUGAAUAUUGCACGAAGACAUCGAGUAAGGAGCUCACAAAAUUAAUAGUCGAAUUGAUACGGAAUAAAUUACGUCUCUGCCCGACCCAGGGCCCCUCUCCUCCCACAGAAGCACAAUCUCCUGAAUCUCCAACGAAUGAGGCUCAAGGGCUUGACACGAUGUCUGUCAGGAGCACUGUCAGACGAAGAGUCUUGAGUGAUCCGCAAAAAGAAUUGCAGAGUAUUAUUAACCACCUGGAGGAAGAGAAUAGACAAUUGCAGGUGGAAUUGAUGGAAAUAUGCGGAGGUCGGGCCGAGCGACUGCAGCAGCAUCGACGCACGGUAGAAUCGCAGUUGCACAGGCUAAAAAUACUCAAAAAAUAUUUAUUCAGCGGCCAAGGUAUUGCAUCGGCGCAGGUGAUUAAUCGCGUGCAGAGUACACCGAUGCUGCCGCCGAUAUCUUCGCGAUAUCCAGCAUUGACACUCCCUGAGUUCGAGCUGAGUCCGAUUAUUCGUCAAUUAAAUACGGAUAAACAUCAACAUCAAGCCAUUGAUAAUGGUAAUGAGAGCCAGGAAAACACUUAUAGAAACUCCGAGAUUAGCCGGAGUGCAGAAGGUGUUGAAUCACAGGAGGUUUCUAAUACUUAUAGCAACACUGGGGUUUGUGAACCCUCGAGGAUCGAGUUGAGCACUUGGAUUGGGGGUAAUCGAUCAACGAUCGACCAGACGCAGAGUGGCUUUUCCCAGUGGCUGAACCCUGACAACCCCUCAAUAAUAAAACAUAAAUACUCAAAGGCAAUUGACACAGACUCCCCGAUAGGCAUGCCCCGGGAUACCCCGUCAUCCCUCCAACGUCCUGACAAGCACUCUCAGCACAGCAGCCUCCAGAAUAUCCAGGGCGAUCUGAACGAUAUAUUAAAUCGUCUGCAGCACAUGGUAGCGAAUGAUUGCCUCUUGGAAGAGUCAUUCAGUGCUAAUGACAACUGCGAACUCAAAAGAGCUGCUACGGAAAUGGAAGAUUUAUUAACCGGUUUGAUAGAAGGCAUGGAGUCCAGGAAGGACAAGCUCGCGACCAUUGUUUAAUCACUCUAUACAUGUAAUCAUGCAAUCAAUCGAUACUUGUGCAUUUAUUAGAAUUAAUUUGUCUACUUUUUAGGAAUAAACUGGUUUUAUACAACGAAUGGUGAGUGGAGAUUAAUGACAAUAAAGAGAGAGGAUACUAAUGGAA